UUUAUUAACAAUACUUAAUUGGAUGGCAGCAUAGGUCGGUUUCGGUUCUUCUUUGAUCUGAUAUAUAUACAAGCUAUCUCGUAAGGGUUGUAUAUACUUGUUAGUGUUAGAUACAUAGCAGCACACAGCGUAAGUAGCUAAGUUCUUGGUGGGAGGAGAAGAAGAAAAUGACAAGAAACGAAAGAAUAUUUGUGUUUCUUGUGGUCCUUCCACUUCUAGUGUCUCUGUGUUCGUCGGCGACCUUGGCUCCUUCUUCAAAACCACCACCACCACCACCAAAGCAAAACAAGUUGACCUGGCAUUACUAUAAAGUCACUAACACAUGCCGCGAUGCAGAAGCUUUCAUCCAGCACCAGGUCAAGAAGUUUUGGGACCAGGAUAAAAGCAUCACCGCUAAGCUUCUCCGGUUGCUCUACUCUGACUGCUUCGUAACUGGUUGUGAUGCAUCAGUACUGCUGGAUGGUCCAAACUCUGAGAAAACAGCAUCACAGAAUUGGGGACUGGGAGGUUUCUAUUUCAUCGACAAAGUCAAAAAAGUUCUUGAACAUUACUGCCCCGGUGCCGUCUCGUGUGCUGAUAUUCUCAACCUUGCCACCAGGGAUGCUGUUCAUUUGGCUGGUGCACCGUCUUAUCCUGUUCUUACAGGCCGAAGGGACGGCCUAACAUCAAGCAGAUCAUCAGUCGACCUUCCCUCACCCUCCAUUUCAUGGCAGGCUUCACUUGACUACUUCAAAUCCAGAGGCUUGAAUGUAUUGGAUAUGACUACUCUACUAGGUUCACAUUCAAUGGGUAAAACACAUUGUAGCUUCAUUUUGGAUCGGCUCUACAAUUUUAAUGGCACAAACAAGCCAGACCCAAGCAUGGAACCCUCAUUCUUAUCCUCCAUGAGGAAGUUAUGCCCACCAAGAACUACAAAGGGACAGAGUGACCCGCUGGUGUACCUAAACCCCCAAUCUGGGGCCAAUUACAAUUUUACACAAUCCUACUACUCCAGAGUUUUAUCCAAGAAAGCUGUGCUGGGAGUCGACCAGCAGCUACUGUUUGGUGAAGACACCAAGGAUAUCACCGAUGAGUUUGCUGCUGGUUUUGAAGAUUUUCGGAGGUCAUAUGCUUACUCAAUGAGCAGAAUGGGUGCUAUCAAGGUUUUGACAGGUAACCAGGGAGAGAUACGCCGGAAUUGCCGAGUUCCAAACCACUAGGAUGGGGUUGGCAUCUGAUAUUGAGAAGAGCAAGGGCAUUACUCAGUUGGCUCGUAUUGUGUUUUUGUUUUGGUCAAGCAUAAAUAAUUCAUAAUGACCCGAAGAAAUAGUACAUUUCCAAUUCACAAAAUAAAAGAAUCUCAAGUUUCAAUUUUGGAUA